AAAGCAUUAAACAAAAAUAAUCAGAAGACAUCUUUGUAGCAUCUUAAGAUCUCAUCAAGGAAAAGCGAGAGUUUCGGGAAAAAUGCAGUCGAUGAAAGAAACAGCUUCGAAUAUUGCAGCCUCUGCGAAGUCUGGCAUGGACAAGACCAAAGCUACCUUGGAGGAAAAGGCUGAGAAGAUGAAGACACGAGACCCUGUUCAGAAACAGAUGGCUACUCAAGUUAAAGAAGAUAAGAUUAAUCUAGCUGAGAUGCAGAAGAGAGAAACGUAUGAACACAACGCUGCCAUGAAAGGAGCGGCUGGAGCCGGAACCGGAACUGGAACCGGUUUGGGUUUGGGAUCGGCCACCCACUCGACAACUGGACAAGUCGGACACGGCACUGGGACACACCAAAUGUCGGCUUUGCCUGGUCAUGGAACAGGACAACUGACCGACCGCGUUGUGGAGGGAACCGCUGUGACAGACCCGAUCGGAAGAAACACUGGAACUGGUCGGACGACCGCACAUAACACCCAUGUUGGUGGUGGUGGUACUACUGGCUAUGGAACCGGAACCGGCGGGGGAUAUAGUGGAUAAAAGAGUGUUCUGUUUUGAUUAAUUCGAGGUUUCGUGUCUUUGUGUGUUCAUGUUGUGUUUUCGGUCCCUGUCUUUUCUUUUCUUUUGUUCUUAUGAAUAAUUGUAGGACUUCGAUCUCAUCUAGUUUUUUGUUGUUUGAUGACAGUCCUACACUCCUACUUUCUGAGUUGUUAUGUUCAUGCAAUAUUGUUACAAUGAGUGAAAAUUAUCAUUAGCAAUUA